AUGGCACUAUUGCCUCCACAACGGCUGGCGCCCGCUGCCUCACGCAGCGCAACGCGAUGGCUGUUUGGACGUGGCAAAUAUAAUCUCGAGCGCGCUCCCAGGGCGCUGUAUACGACGCGAGAGAUUGCGACCAAUAUCUCGGUGGCAGAACCAGCCGUGGACUUUCCAGAUGCAUCGACUGGCAUUUCCACCGCGGAGCAGCCUUCAUCACAAGGAUCGCGAAGAGAAGCUGUCAAAGCCGCGAAGCCCUUCUCAGACUUCCUGACCGACGCCUUCAACCGACAGCAUGACUACCUUCGCAUUAGUAUCACAGAGCGGUGUAAUCUGCGCUGUCUGUAUUGCAUGCCCGAAGAAGGCGUCCCUCUCUCCCCGCAGUCCCAUCUCCUUACAACGCCCGAGAUAUACUACCUAUCCUCUCUCUUCGUCAACCAAGGUGUGACUAAGAUCCGUCUUACUGGCGGCGAGCCCACGGUCCGCCGCGACAUCCUCCCGCUCAUGCAAAAGAUUGGCUCCCUCCGACCACGGGGACUCCGCGAGCUCGCUAUAACUACGAACGGCAUUUCUCUCCAUCGCAAGCUGGAUGCGAUGGUUGACGCAGGUCUUACGGGCGUGAAUCUCAGCUUGGACACACUCGAUCCGUUUCAGUUCCAGAUCAUGACGCGGCGGAAAGGCUUCGAUGCGGUCAUGCGCAGCGUUGAUCGAAUCCUGGAGAUGAAGAGUCUCGGCGCCGAUUUGAAGCUCAAGAUCAACUGCGUAGUCAUGCGUGGAUUGAACGAGCGCGAUAUCUUGCCAUUCGUAGAACUCGGCCGGGAAAAGGACAUCGAGGUGCGAUUCAUAGAAUACAUGCCUUUUGACGGGAACAAAUGGAGUAAAGGGAAGAUGAUCUCCUAUAAGGAAAUGCUAGAUCUUAUCCGCGCCAAGUAUCCUGGGCUCAAACAGGUCCAGGGCCACAACAAUGACACGAGCAAGACCUGGGAGGUCCCGGGUUUCCUUGGAAAGAUUGGGUUCAUUACCAGUAUGACGCAUAACUUUUGCGGAACCUGUAACAGGCUUCGGAUUACAAGUGACGGCAAUCUCAAAGUCUGUCUAUUUGGGAACGCUGAGGUCUCGCUGAGAGAUCUACUACGACAAGAUAACAAUGGCAAGCCGAUCGACGAAGAAGCAUUUGAGGCUAUCAAGAAGAUGGAAAUGGACCGGCGACAGGGCUUACUCGGCGACGGAACCGCGCUCGGGUGGGGCCAACGAGAGCGAGAAUUGUUGGACGUCAUUGGUGCCGCUGUGAAGAGGAAGAAGGAGAAGCAUGCGGGCAUGGGCGAGUUGGAAAAUAUGAAAAACAGGCCGAUGAUCUUAAUUGGUGGGUAG